GUGUUCCCAAGUUCCCAGUGAAGCACCCUGUGAUUGAUUGUGUGUCUGUAGCCCCAGAUGAUCCAUUACUGGAGAAUUAAAGUGGGCUGUGCCCUCUCCCUAUCCUAAAAGACGUCCAUUCCCCUGUUCCUUCAACUUGUCCUUCUAUCUUGCCACUACAUUCUUGCUGACAUCAGUGAUGCCACCCUGCUGCACCUUCCUCUCCCGCUACUCCCACCACCACCUGGUUGCUUUUCUCUUGACCUUCUUCAGCUAUGUGCUGCUACACGCCUCACGUAAAACAUUCAGUAACGUGAAAGUGAGCAUCUCCGCACAGUGGAUUCCUUUAAUACAGAAUGGCACUUCACCGAACUUUUCCCCUGGAGAGACAUGGGAAGAUAAUCCGCUGUUUGCGGAUGCUGAAGAGGCCACACUAUUCUUGGGUGUUUUGGACACCAUCUUUCUCUUUUCAUAUGCCGUGGGUUUGUACAUCAGUGGGAUCAUAGGUGAUCGUCUAAACCUACGUUAUGUUCUCUCCUUUGGGCUGUGUGGCUCAGCUGUGGUGGAGUUUGUGUUUGGCACACUGACAGAAUGGCUACAUUUCUAUAAUGUGUAUUUGUACUGCUGUCUGUGGGUGCUGAAUGGCCUGUUGCAGUCGGCAGUUUGGCCCUGUGUGGUGGCUGUCAUGGGCAACUGGUUUGGGAAAUCCGGGCGAGGCUUUGUGUUCGGCUUGUGGAGUGCAUGUGCAUCAGUGGGAAAUAUUUUGGGAGCAUUCCUGGCCUCCAGUGUUCUCAAGUAUGGCUAUGAGUAUGCUUUCCUGGUGACAUCGGUGGUGCAGUUUGCAGGUGGUAUAGUCGUGUUUUUCGGUCUGCUAACUUCACCCAAGGAAGUGGGUUUGUGUGAAGGCCCCUCGACAGGUCUGACAACCGUGGAAAGAGACCCUGACAGUCACCGACCACUCAUAAGUGAUGAUGAGGAGGAUGAGGAUAAAGUGCUACAAGAUGGAGGAUACUAUUCCAUACAGGAGCGAGAUGAGGAGCCUAAAUCACAAACCAAAGCUAUUGGUUUUUUCCAAGCUUUCUGUCUGCCUGGAGUCCUUCCUUACUCACUUGCCUACGCCUGUCUGAAACUGGUUAACUACUCCUUCUUCUUUUGGCUGCCGUUCUAUUUGAGCAACAACUUUGGCUGGCAGGAGGCUCAGGCAGACCGGCUGUCUGUGUGGUACGAUGUGGGAGGUAUAGUCGGAGGAACAGUGCAGGGGCUGAUCUCUGAUUUCUUGGGGAAAAGAGCUCCCGUGUUAUGUAUCAGUCUGCUGCUAGCUAUGGGAGCUUUAGUGGGAUACAGCCAUUCUCCAGAUGAUCAAGUAGUGAAUGGGGUGCUUCUGGCAACUACAGGUUUCCUCAUUGGAGGCCCAUCUAACAUGAUAAGCUCAGCAAUCUCAGCAGACCUGGGCAGGCAGGAAGCUCUGCAGGGUGGUCAAGAGGCUUUGGCUACUGUCACAGGCAUAGUGGAUGGAACAGGCAGCAUUGGUGCUGCUGCCGGACAGUACCUGGUAUCACUUAUCGAGAGCAAACUAGGAUGGAUGUGGGUCUUCUACUUCUUCAUACUCAUGACAGGGGGCAGUGUUUUAUUCAUCAUACCUCUUCUCUUUAGAGAGAUACGUUCCAUGUGCAGAGACGGUCAAUCAAGGACACGCUUGUGAGCACCAACCUCCAUUCAUUGCCUCAUCUCCUAGUGGAGCUGGUACCGAAAGGGUACACAGUGUCCCCGUUUAAACACUCAUUUUAAGUCUUGUGCUGUUUUUUAAACCUGAUUCUUUAUUGUUUUGUGACAUUAAGUGAAAUAUAUUUUCUUUAGUGAUUAGA